AAUUCCAGCUGCGAACAGCUGCAGCCGGCAGGCAGGGAUGCUGCGGGCGCCGGCGGGCAGGGCAGAGCCCUCCCCCUCGCUCGGUUUCAUUGAGGAAGGUGAAAUGCGGAAGUUUCCACGAAGCACUGACAGCCGAGCCUGGGUGUCUUGAGCCCCGGACAUGAGCUGCGCUCCCCGGGCGGUCGCCGCCAGCCGCAGAGCCCAGGGGCGCGGGCAGGGAUGGCCACGUUGCCCGCGGCGGACAGGAGGGCGUUUGCCCUGAAAAUCAACAGGCAUUCAUCAGCAGAAAUAAGGAAGCAAUUUACCGGUACCAUAGUGCCAAGCUUUGGACAGUUCUGUAAACGAAGUAUAAGUACUCCUGGCUUUUCUUCUCUCCAGCUACCUCAGUUUUAUGACGCCGUGGAUCCAGUGGAUUUUGAAGGUUUCCUGAUGACACAGCUGAACCACUUAGACUCCGAUCUUGUGCACGAACUUGGUGACUUUCCUGAAGAUGAUUUGGAAACUGUCUUUACUCCAAAAGAAUGCAGGACUUUGCAGCCAUCCUUGCCAGAGGAAGGAGUUGAAUUGGAUCCUCAUGUCCGGGAUUGCAUUCAGACAUAUAUUCGGGAGUGGCUGGUUGUUAAUCGAAAAAACCAAGGAAAUUCAGAUACUUCCAGCUUUAUAAGUAAGAGAUCCCUAACGGAUUUUCAUAAGACUCUUCAAAAACAAACAUUUCAGUCAGAAACACUGGACAACAAUGAUGCACACUAUCAGGCAAGCCUUGGACACUUAAGUGGACUCUGUGAUAUCUCAUCAAGAAGCACUCUCACUUCAUCUGAGUUCGAUCUACGAAGCCUGCAGCCUGACCGUCGACUCGAAAAUCUGCUAAAACAUGUUAGUGCAGAGGACUUUGAAAGGCAGAAUGAAGAAGCCCGGAGAACCAACAGACAUCCAGAGCUCUUUGCCCUCUAUCCAACAGUGGACGAGGAAGAUGCUGUAGCUAUACGGCCAGUUCCAGACUGCCCAAAGGAACAUCUGGGAAAUAGGAUCUUGGUGAAGUUGCAGACUCUGAAGUUUGAUAUAGAAAUAGAACCAUUGUUUGCAUGCAUAGCUCUCUAUGAUAUAAAGGAAAGGAAAAAGAUCUCUGAAAAUUUUCAUUGUGACCUGAACUCAGAACAGUUCAAAGGAUUCUUGCGAUCUCACACACCCACUGUUGAGCUAUCUAGUCAAGCAAGAUCUGCAGUAUUUUCUGUUACUUAUCCUUCUUCUGAUAUCUACUUAGUAGUAAAGAUUGAAAAAGUCCUUCAGCAAGGAGAAAUUGGAGAGUGUGCAGAACCCUACAUGGUACUAAAAGAAAGUGAGGGAGGAAAGAGCAAAGAAAAAAUUGAAAAACUGAAAACCCAAGCUGAGUCCUUUUGCCAACGUUUGGGGAAAUACCGGAUGCCUUUUGCCUGGGUUCCCAUAAGCUUAGCCAAUUUCUUUAACAUUUCAACACUUGAAAGAGAAAUACCUGAGGCAGAAAAUGUAAAUGGGAAAAGCUCCAUUAGUGACAGAAGAACAAUGGUGCAACACACCAGAAAGCUUUCUGAGAGAAGCCUUACCUUAGAGGACAGUUGCACAGCAUCAAACUUCAAAACAACCACCAUGACAAUCAACACCUUUUUCAAACAGGAAGGAGAUCGACUUAGUGAUGAAGAUCUAUUCAAAUUUUUAGCUGAUUAUAAAAGAUCUUCCUCCUUGCAGAGAAGAGUUAAGUCUAUACCAGGACUGCUUAAAUUGGAGAUCUCUCCAGCUUCAGAAGUCCUCAACUGUUGUCUCACCCCUGAGUUACUACCAGUGAAACCAUUUCCUGAAAACCGUAACCGUCCUCAGAAAGAGAUUCUGGAAUUCCCCAUUCGAGAAGUCUAUGUUCCACACACCAUCUAUAGAAAUCUCCUAUAUGUUUAUCCACAGCGGUUGAAUUUUGCUAACCGAGUGGCCUCUGCAAGAAACAUUGCCAUUAAGAUUCAGUUCAUGUCUGGGGAAGAUCCUGCCUGUUCAAUGCCGAUCAUUUUUGGGAAGUCUUCAGGCCCAGAAUUUGUGCAAGAGAUGUGCACAGCUGUCACAUAUCAUAACAAGUCUCCUGACUUUUAUGAAGAAGUGAAAAUUAAACUGCCAGCUAAACUCACAGAAAAACACCACCUACUGUUCACAUUCUAUCAUAUCAGUUGUCAGCCAAAGCAAGGAUCCUCUGUGGAGAACCUUUUGGGAUACUCAUGGCUGCCAAUUCUGUUAAAUGAUCGUCUGCAAACUGGACACUAUUGUCUUCCUGUUGCCUUAGAUAAACUGCCUUUAAACUAUUCAAUGCACUCUCCAGAGAAAGUUCCACCACAGUCACCGCCAAUUAAAUGGGCUGAAGGACACAAGGGAGUGUUUAAUGUUGAAGUGCAGGCUGUUUCUUCUGUUCACACCCAGGACAACCACCUAGAGAAAUUCUUCACUCUGUGUCAUUCCCUGGAAAGCCAAGUCACCUUCCCAAUUCGAGUGAUGGAGCAGAAGAUCACAGAGGCUACACUGGAACAUGAGUUGAAACUCAGCAUUAUCUGCUUGAAUUCUUCUCGCCUUGAGCCCCUCAUCUUGUUUUUACACUUGAUCCUGGACAAACUCUUCCAGCUGGCUGUACAACCUAUGGUCAUAGCUGGCCAGGCAGCCAACUUCUCCCAGUUUGCCUUUGAGUCGGUGGUUGCAAUAGUAAGCAGUCUUCACAACAGUAAAGACCUUAGCAAGGAUCAGCAUGGGAGGAACUGUCUCCUGGCAUCCUAUGUCUACUAUGUGUUUCGUCUUCCAGAGCCUCAGAGAGAUGUAGUCAAACUAGGUACAGGAGGCAGUGCCAAUAUGCCAGAGUCUCGUUAUUACACAUUUGGACGCACCAGUGCUAUGUCUGUUGGGUCCAGGCUUAUGCAGAGCCGGGUAAUGAGCUGCAGCAAUCCAGAUAUUGCUGGUACCCCAACAGCUACUGAUGAAGAAGUCAAACACAUCAUGUCUUCAAAGGUUGUGGAUCGCAGCAGCAGUCGGAUGUCCUACUAUAUUGAACCGACUGCUGAUAUACCAAAUACCUGCACAAGCCCAAGACCAUCCAGUAAAAAGCAUUUUCAUGAAGAGUUAGCACUGCAGAUGGUGGUCAGCACUGGCAUGGUGAGGGAGUCUGUCUUCAAGUAUGCCUGGUUCUUCUUUGAGCUCCUGGUAAAGAGUAUGGCUCAGUAUGUUCACAAUAUAGAGAAACAAGACAUUCCACGAAGAAGUCGAUUCUCAGAUCGUUUCAAAGAUGACAUCACCACUAUAGUUAAUGUGGUCACUUCAGAGAUUGCAGCACUUCUAGUUAAACCACAGAAGGAAACCGAGCAAGCAGAAAAGAUCAACAUUAGUCUUGCGUUUUUCUUGUAUGAUCUUCUUUCCCUAAUGGACCGUGGGUUCGUGUUUAACCUCAUCAAACAUUACUGUAAUCAGCUGUCAAACAAGUUGAAUACACUCUCCACCCUAAUUUCCAUGAGGUUGGAGUUUCUGCGAGUUCUCUGCAGCCAUGAACAUUACCUCAAUCUGAAUCUCUUCUUCAUGACUUCAGUAUCUACUCCAACAUCUCCCUCACCCUCAUUAUCAUCACAGAAUUCAAGCUCCUGCUCUAGUUUCCAGGAUCAGAAAAUUGCCAGCAUGUUUGACCUUUCAGCAGACUAUCGUCAACAGCACUUUCUGACUGGACUGCUCUUCACUGAAUUGGCAGCUGCCCUGGACACAGAGACAGAGGGAAUUGGUAAGGUGCAGAAGAAAGCUAUCAGUGCUAUCCAUAGCUUGCUGAGUUCCCAUGAUCUAGACCUGCGCUGCUCCAAAAAAGAGGUGAAGGUCAAAAUCGCUGCUCUUUACCUUCCUUUGGUUGGGAUCAUUUUGGAUGCACUCCCACAGCUCUAUGACUUCACAGUUUCAGAUGCCCGUGGUGGGAAAGGUCGUUCAGGGAAUCCAGAUGAAGAUCAAGAAUCUACAAUCAAUCAGUCUGUUGCCUUGGCCAUUGCUGGGAAUCAGUUCAACCUCCUUAGGACUUCCGGUGUAUCUCUGUCUUCAUUGCCUUACAAACAGUACAGCAUGUUGAGUCCUGAUGCCACUCGCAACCUUCUGAUCUGUUUCCUCUGGAUCAUGAAGAAUGCUGAUCAGAACCUCAUUCAGAAAUGGAUUACUGACCUUCCAUCCAUGCAGCUGAACAGGAUUUUAGAUCUCCUCUUCAUUUGUGUCUCAUGCUUUGAAUACAAGGGCAAACAAAGCUCAGAUAAAGUUAGCACUCAAGUGCUCCAGAAAUCGAAAGAUGCAAAAGCCCGGCUAGAAGAGGCUUUACUGAGAGGAGAAGGGGCCAGAGGUGAAAUGAUGAAACGCUGCAGGACACCAGCUGGGAAUGACAGAUUGGCAGGGCUAAAUGAAAACCUGCGAUGGAGAAAAGAGCAGACUCACUGGCGGCAGGCAAACGAAAAGCAAGAUAAAACAAAAGCUGAGCUCGAUCAAGAAGCUCUGAUCAGUGGAAAUCUGGCUACAGAGGCUAAUUUGAUCAUCUUAGAUAUGCAAGAGAACAUCAUCCAGGCAAGUUCUGCUGUGGACUGUAGAGAGAACCUUUUGGGAGGAGUACUGAAGGUCCUGGUAAACUCUCUUGGCUGUGAUCAGAGCACCACUUACCUAACACAUUGCUUCGCUACACUCAGAGCACUCAUUGCCAAGUUUGGAGAUUUCCUGUUUGAAGAGGAAGUGGAACAAUGUGCUGACCUGUGCCAACGACUUCUACAUCACUGCAGCAGCAGCAUAGAGGUCACUCGUACUCAAGCCUGUGCAACACUUUACCUCUUGAUGAGAUACAGUUUCAGCUCUGCUAAUAACUUUGCAAGAGUAAAGAUGCAAGUGACCAUGUCUCUGGCUUCUCUGGUUGGUAAGUCAUCUGACUUCAAUGAGGAAUAUCUCAGGAGAUCCUUACGAACCAUCCUGGCAUACGCAGAGGAAGAUGCAGACAUGCAGUCAACUCUAUUUCCAGCCCAGGUAGAGGAGCUGCUAUGUAAUUUGAACAGCAUCUUAUCGGAUACAGUGAAAAUGAGGGAGUUCCAGGAAGACCCAGAAAUGCUCAUGGAUCUCAUGUACAGAAUUGCUAAAGGGUAUCAGACUUCCCCUGAUUUGAGAUUGACCUGGCUACAGAACAUGGCAGAAAAACACACCAAGAAGAAGUGCUACACAGAGGCUGCUAUGUGCCUGGUCCACGCUGCAGCUCUGGUUGCCGAAUACCUGAGCAUGCUGGAGGAUCGCAAGUACCUGCCAGUGGGUAGUGUCAGCUUUCAGAAUAUUUCCUCCAAUGUGCUGGAGGAGUCUGCCAUUUCAGAUGAUAUUUUGUCCCCCGAUGAAGAUGGGAUAUGCUCUGGGAGGUAUUUCUCAGAGAGUGGCUUAGUGGGACUAUUAGAACAAGCUGCAGAGCUCUUUAGCACGGGGGGAUUGUAUGAAACCGUGAAUGAGGUCUACAAAAUUGUCAUCCCCAUCUUGGAAGCACAUCGAGACUUCAGGAAGCUCACCUCUACUCACAGCAAGCUACAGAGAGCCUUUGACAGUAUUAUAAACAAGGGCCAAAAGCGAAUGUUUGGAACUUACUUCCGCGUUGGUUUCUAUGGAUCCAAAUUUGGGGACUUGGAUGAACAGGAAUUUGUUUAUAAGGAGCCUGCAAUUACCAAACUUCCUGAGAUUUCUCACAGACUGGAGGGAUUUUAUGGUCAGUGCUUUGGGGAGGAUGCGGUGGAAGUGAUUAAAGACUCCGCUCCUGUAGACAAAAGGAAGCUGGAUCCCAAUAAGGCCUACGUACAAAUCACAUUUGUGGAGCCCUAUUUUGAUGAGUAUGAGAUGAAAGACAGGAUAACCUACUUUGAGAAGAACUUCAACCUCCGGCGGUUCAUGUACACCACACCUUUCACCCCAGAUGGCCGCCCCCGUGGUGACCUGAGCGAGCAGUUCAAGAGGAAUACCAUCCUGACCACAAUGCAUGCUUUCCCCUACAUUAAAACGAGGAUCAAUGUCAUUCAAAAGGAAGAGUUUAUUUUAACCCCAAUUGAAGUUGCUAUUGAAGACAUGCAGAAGAAAACACUGGAACUAGCUGUUGCAACCAACCAGGAGCCACCAGAUGCUAAAAUGCUGCAGAUGGUGCUGCAGGGUUCUGUUGGAGCCACUGUCAAUCAGGGACCACUAGAGGUAGCUCAAGUGUUCCUGGCUGAAAUACCAGCAGACCCAAAACUUUAUCGACAUCACAACAAGCUGAGGUUGUGCUUCAAAGAAUUUAUAAGGAGAUGUGGUGAAGCAGUGGAGAAAAACAGACGCCUUAUUACAGCAGACCAGCGAGAGUACCAGCAAGAACUCAAAAAGAAUUAUAACAAGCUGAAAGAGAACCUUAGGCCAAUGAUUGAGAGGAAAAUCCCAGAGCUGUAUAAACCUAUAGUGAAAGUCCACAGUACAACAAGGAACUCUUUUCAUAACUCUAGCUUUAGGAAAUAUGAAACUUCCCCUUCACAGAACAGCUGAGGACUGUCAGCUUCAGAAGAGGGAGUUCCAGGUUGCACAGAACCUGGAGGCUAUUCAACUGCUAUGCAAACCUGGAAGUUCUUCUCAUAGUACAGCAUGCACACAAUCUGGGCAGACUACACUCAAAGCUAAGAAACUAGAUAUUCAGGAUAAAAAGGAGCGCAACUCAUAGCACAUACCUCUGUCUCCUAUGGGAGUGGGAGGAAGAGGAGCUGGACUUUGACUGUUUCUGUAUUUAAUGUUUCUGUAUUUAAGUGUUCAGGGAAUUGAGAUGCCAUUGAAUAAUGGACUUGUAUGUACAGAAGGUGAUAAUCACUUUUAAGAGACUCAGAACUUUUUAUCGUUGUAACUGUUAUUUUAUAAGAACCAGCCCAAUAUACCUGACAGAAACUGAAGAAUGUUACACAUACAUACCCCUAUUCAGGAUACCACUUCAGCAUGGCUUCAGGGGGCUGGAGUAUAUUCUAGCAGUUAUGCACAUGUUCAUAUAAAGAAAAACUUAAGCAUGUGCACAAGUGCUUUACAGAACUAGAACCCUAGGAAAGACCUGUAAACUUUAAAGCAAGCUUUCCUUGCUUGUGUUCCUCAUUCACAGCAAACUAUGAAAAUGCUAAAACAGGGGCUGCUUCCCUUUCGAGUCUUCCUAGCUGAAACUUUAAAAGGCAGAAAAUAACAAUCAGGAAUUUCUGCCUAAUUCACCUACCUACAGAAAUAACUAUUUAAAAUUUAUUUUUGUGAAAUGUACAUUAGACUUCUCUGUGAACCCUAGGACUUGUUAUUUUUAGUGUCAUGUUUUAGCAAAAUUAACAGAUACCUGUUUAAAAGGAUAGAGCUAAAAUGAUUAAUGCUUUCUUAAGAGAACAGACCUUCCUGUAAAGAGAGAUCCCUCUAAAGAGAUUAGCCAUAGGAGUGUACAGGGAGGAUUUCCUAGGAUGUACUUUAUCUGAGGUUUUAAUGCACAAUCACUGUAAUCAGUUUCUGUAUAUUUAUAAAUACUUAAUGCUUUUCAUAUUCAUAUGCCUGAGGAAACCUUAACUAAUUUGGUCCUCACAACAUUUCUCUGAAGAAAGCAAGUACAGUAAAAGCUGUGUUAACCAGCAUUCUACUAGCUGGAAUAAUCUAUUAACUGGAAUUGCUGGCUGGCUGGACAUGGGGUGGGGGGAAGAAAACUUGUGCAUGGUGGCUACUGCCACCACCCAACACCCUGUGCUGCCACUGCUCUGCAUGCAGCCACCGCCAUCCCCACACCCCCCCCCCCCCCCCCCCCACUCUGCAAGAGUUUUCAAAAAGGUUGAAAACCCCUGCCUCAGAACUGGAAUUUUUAGAUACCCAGCACCCCCAUUCACCACUCUAACACAGCUUUUACUGUAAUAGUGUUGCUAUUUUACAGCUGGGGAAACAGAGAGACAUGAAAGUUGCAGACAGAAGUGACAAUUUUCACCCUAUCUGGCCACAGAAAGCAGUUUAUAGCUGUGACCAAACACGAGUGCACAGCUGCAGACAGCUUCAAAAAUGACCGAUUGGGUGAAAAUCUAACCCCUCCUUGCAUGAAGUGUCAAAUAAGGACAUUUCAAAAUGUAGAGUCUUUUGUAACUUGCGUCUGCAGAGCUUUUAGCCUGUCACUGUUUUCAAAAUGACGGGGGGAAGGGAGCAGGAGUUCAGUUUGGGUUUUUUCAGCCCCCCUGGAGGAUGGAAUAGGGCCAUUGGAGCCCUCCCUUCAGCACUGGCUGAGAAGCUCCAAGAACAAGCUCCUCCCACUGCCUUUCUCCCCUCCCAAACCUGGCUUCAAGCUCCCAGCCCCAGCUAAAUUCCCCCCCCCACCUUGGAACCAACAGUGAACUCUUGUUUGGUCUGGGGUAAUGUUAUAACCCAGAGCACUUUGCAGAAAUUUUUCUGAGUUACAGCUAGGAACUGCACAUCUGUCUGCACCUGAAAAGAAGUGACUUAUCCAAAGCCAUGUGGUAAGUCAGUGCCAGAAGCAUGAUUUUGAAUACAGGCUCCUCCUGUUAACAGCAGAGCACUCAAAAGUUGGAAGAGAGCUUCCACGGUUAUAUGCAAAAGAUCCCCACACACAAUCAAAGAGCUGAGACAUACACUGGGAUAAGAAAAAUGGUUUAAAAAUGCUAUCUCUGUACCAAUGUGCAUAAAUGCAAACUGUUCUAGUGUAAGUAUUUUUUUCUCUCUCUACUCACAGUCCCUGCUACAUUCAAUAUUCAAGAGUCAGAACUCUGGGCAUUUUGAAACAAAAGCAUCUGAAGUAUAUAAGCAAACAGUGUGUCAAAUUGAAAGCCAACAGAUGUCUCCUCAGAGUGACUGUCCUUUAAUAAGGUUGCUUUGAAAAUACUUACAAACUAAACAGAGCAGUCAAUUUUCCACAGUCUAGUCUCUUCAGUCUUGGCGUGCCACAACAUUGUCCUUUAUUUAUUCUUUUAACACUUUGUUCUGAAAGAUGUUCACAGUGUCUUUGAGAUUGACCCCACUUGGCCAAAAUUCAGUUUCAUUGUCCUCACGCUGCUUCAUUCACAGCUACCCAACAAAAACUUCAGGUAAACAAAAAAGUUACACAUUUGCUGCAUACUGGUUCAAUUAUAUGUGCUGUGUUUGCACUCUUGAAGUGUUUCAUGCUGUAUAGUACAAUUUGUCCUUGCUGUAGAAAUACUUUGGAUUAAUGCAGGCUAAACUGCAAAUCCCUUACUUGAUGUGGUGAGCAGGUAAUUCCCCAGGUAAACUCUUGGCUCACCUGUGUUAAGGAAGGGGUGCCGGUCUGGCCCUUGGUUUACACAUCAUCCCUUUCACAAAUAAAAGUGGUUUGUACAUUUCUUUUAAAAAGCCGAACUGUGUAAAAUGUAAAAUUAUUCAAAGUUUUGAUGCUCCAUUUUGCAAUAAAGUAAACGCUUCAAAUAAAAACUAAGAGAUUCCAUUGGAUUGAAGUGUUUUAUAUCUUAACAUCAUCCAGCUGAAACAAAGCUUGAAUAAUGACCAACUUUAGUGUUGUCUUUCAUUAAGGAUUUUUACCUUUAGACUGAAAUCCAGGCUCCAUGGAAGUCAAUGGGAGUUUUCUGUACCUUAGAGCAGGUCUGUCAAGCUCACCUGUGCCAGAUCUGGACCAUGGGACUCCUGCCAGGUUGGGGUGGAGGUGGCAGUGUGAUAGCAGGCCUCAGUCCUCAUUCACUCUCCUGCCACCAAUAGCCCAGGGUCUCCAAAUUCAGUGGUAGGCCAUGCUAUGGCCUGGAUUUGGCCUGCAGAGCUGUAGGUUUGGUACCCCGAGAGGAGGAAGUCACUUGCUUGCCUGCUGGCUUUCUUUUUAAAUGGUACAUUAGUUUAAUGCCUAUGAAAAUUGCCACCCCUUGAGACUGUGACUCCUUCUCCACUGAACACAUGGGACACAGCAAAACCCAUCAGGUGUGGCUCAGCAGGUUUGCAAAUUAGCUCCAGGGUGGAAAAUAAAGUCCAGCUUCCAUGUUCACUGAGUUCAUUGGCUAACAUAUUGGAACAAGCAACAAAAGCACCAAAUAGUGAAGUAUGGAGCUAUAGUCCUUUGAGCUGGAAACCCUUUCAGAAACCUAGCUUAAACCAUUACAUGGCAAUAGGUUUAAGAUGCUCAGUGUUGAAUUGAAAAUUUAAAUAACAAGGGUGCUUCAGUGUGGGGCUAGCCAGCAGACAGCCCCACUGAAGCACCCUUGUGCCCCAACCAGUUGGGCAGUGUCUACAUGUGUGCUGUUGCACACAAAAAAGUCCUCUGCAGGUUUAUUAGUUUUAUGUGCCCUAGUAGGGGUGCACAUGUAGAUGCGGAGAAGUUUACUGCGGAUCCAGUUUGGCAGCUUUGCAGUAAACGUCUUGUAUAGAUGCACCCAGUAACAUGAAUAUGGUAAUGAAUGUUUUCAACCACUUUUGUGCUUGUCUAGUGUGAAGAUUGUGGGCCCAUAUUUUAGCAGCUAUCCUCCAUAAGAACAUCUGUGAGCUGAACUGACUCAGGCUAGGUUUUUGACAUAUUCAAACAUACUGAAGACAAACAUUUUGGCAUUCUUUUUUUUUCUUUGCCAGUUUCAAGGACAAGGGGCUCAACUGUUUCAGAAAGAGUGGAUUAUAAUCUUCAAAUAAAGCCUAGGACAAAGGUUCUUAGUUGGCUCAAAGAUGUUGCAGUCUUUCAAAGUAAUGCUCGGAAUGAAAAUAAAGGCAUUCACUAUAGGCAUCUGCAUUUGCUUUGCAACACAGAAGAGCUUUCAUCUGAUAAACCAAGAACACUUGAAAGAGGAACUUUGGUACCACUCAAGCAUAUUCACGUAAUCGAUGCUGACUUUAGUGGUUCUGAGUCCAACUAACUAUUUUAACACCUGUCUAAGUCUACUUGACACAGAGGUUAAAAAGAAAGUCAGCAGGUGCUGGUAGAUGUGUGAUAGAACUCACUGGUUUGACUUAUGUCCUGAGUAAGGUAGAAGUCCCACAGAUAAAAAUAACAUGUGAUCAUUUCAAUAAAUACUGUAAGAAAGUGUAACUACAUAACAAAGCUGAAUAGAGAUUGCAUAAGGUGCAAGAAUAUCUGGUAUUUCUUAACUUUUGAAUGCAUGAUUUUGCACCCUUAAUACUUUUCAUGUCGUUAUUUUUGUGUGCAAUAAAUGGAACUGGUUGAAUUUUA